AUGUUCAACGAUGAUCUUCUCAUCUGCAACGCUUGCGGAACCCAAUUCGAUACCUGCGACCGAAAUGUGCUCAAGAACUGUCGAAUUUGCGAUGACCCUCGCCAAUUUGUUCCUCCAACCGGACAAUCGUUCACAACCCUUGCGGCUAUGAGGGGCAAUUAUGAGACUAGGAUGGCCCCAGAUCAAACCAACAAUAAUAUAAUUUCCAUCUGGACCGAACCGAAAUUUGCGAUCGGCCAGCGUGCCUUCUUGAUUAAAACGCCUCACGGAAACGUUCUAUGGGAUCUAGUAACCUACCUUAACGGUGAGACCAUCCGAAAAAUCAAUCAAGAGGGCGGGAUCCAGGCUAUUGUGAUUUCACACCCACACUACUACACCACACACAACCUCUGGGCAAAAACAUUCCGUUGUCGGGUAUACCUCGCAGCAGAAGAUAAAGAGUGGCUAUGUCAGCGGGAUCCCCAGGGAAGGGUCUUCAUCGAGGGGUACAAGAAAGAGGUUAUUAAGGGAGUAACAGCAGUUAAAGUGGGAGGGCACUUUCCAGGUAGUUUAGUGCUACACUGGGAGGACAGAUUGUUCAUUGCUGAUUCAUUUGUCACUGUACCGAGUGCGUUGUAUCACGAGGGAAGACUACCGGGGACCGCGACUUUUAGCUUUAUGUGGUCAAUUCCGAACAUGAUUCCGAUGUCACCACAGGCUAUAGUAAAUAUUUGGAAUGCCCUGAAGCCUUACGAAUUCACGACUACCCAUGGUGCAUUCACAGGGCUAGAUGUUCGGGACUCUAGGGUCAAGCAGAGAUUACUGGAGAGUGCUAAGAUUGCAAUCAGGGCGAUGGGAUAUGAAGAGAGUCAGUUCAUUGAGCAACUGUCGGAGUAGGAACUGACGCAAUAACUGCUUUUGAAGACUCCUGUAUCAUGCUAUUAUUAUUCGCCGACACUAAGGUGGAGAGCAAGGUGUUGUAAGAAACCGUAAUAUCAAUACCGGGAUUUCUCGCAA